AUGAACGAAGCUACAAAUGCUCUUGCAUCUGCAAUGCUUGACACACCUGAUGCUACACAAUACCAAAGCAACAACUCUUCGGAACAGAAUGUCGAUAAUAUGGAUCUUGACGAUGAACCAAAGCUCGUUCUUCAGGAUACAAUUGUCUAUCAGAGAAAUGGAACCAUUGCCAAUGUAUUCGAUUCUUCCGCUGGACUGCAAUUGCGUGCUGAGGGUACACUCUGGGUAGAUAAUGCGGAAAGAUAUAAAUUCAAGAGACCAAAUGGUACACAAUGUCAAGUUGAAUUCCAAAUGUUCUCUUACGAGAGAGAUGAACUUGGUGCUAUCAUUCUUUACGUUCAAGACACUACAACCAAGUACUGGGUUGAGCUUAAGCCUUCUCAAAAAUAUGUAGCACACUUCACCACCAUGGUAGAAAGUGCAGAGCUGAAGCACUUUGUUACCGAUUACUACGAGCGUGUACUUGCUGGGGAGUCGAAGGAUGACCUAAUUGAACUUUGUUGGGAAUAUGCUCGUGAGGAUGGUCGUGGGCUGUUACAAGACGGUGUUGUUGAAGUUUUGACUAAAGAUGCAAAUGCAUUCUUCCUCUUGUCUGCUUUUCGUGAAGAGGUCUGUGUAGAAAGAGAAACCAGGGGCAUGAAAUGGCUCAACACAGAAAUCUACAACCUUCUGAUGAAAGAAUGUCCUACUGCUUACACAAGAGCCAAUACAUACACCCUGCCGGAACCAGAGGCAAUAACUGUCGACCUUCCUGUUAUUCCAGAUCUCCCUCUUGUCACUAGCGAUAGGAGCGACACACAGUCCAAUCAUUUGGAUAUGCUGAUAUCCUUGAUUACCGAGGAACUUGAAGGUGGCACUCUCGUCAAGAAGAUCACUCCCAGUCUACUCUGGAACAAGCUCUUCAUAAAGACAAAAAUCCCCGACCAAGGUGAUCCGAGUGCCGGACCUCGCAUUGCAAAGUGCCUUGUCUACAGAAUCGGCGGUGUUCUGGCAGAUCUCUUGGAGGAACGUCACCCUAAUCUCUUUACGGGAUCAAAGCUCAUCAAUGAACUUCGAGAAAUGAGUCGUACCCAAUACCCACCUUACACCAAGCAGGUGAUUACCGACGCUCAAUGGCAAGAUUACAUGAACAAGGCCGAGGGUCUUUACCUCAUACGUCGAAAUCAUGGAGAAAAGAGUAGCGCCCUUCCAGUUAUGGGCCUCACCAAACUACAAGUCAAGGACAUCUUUACUGGGGAAUUAGCACCACCUCGUCCAAUUGGACGUAUUGGAACUGGACGUGUCGGACGCCCACCAAAGAUUCGUGAACCCGAGGUUGAAUUUUACGAUGGAGAGGAGGAAGAGGGAAACACUGAGACUUCCUCGGGAGUUGAGGCUGAUGCACCUUUGACUGUAGAGUCUGCGUGGCAGCGUAUUUGGGAAUUAGGUGGAGAGGAGGAGACUAUUGGUGGUCGUGUUAUUCCGGCUCGUGUUAAGCGGGCUGGCUAUUGA